AUGUCAGAUCCUUCGCUCACAGAUCGUUCUACAAGACUAAUUCAGGACUCCGUCGAGUUGGCCAAGGAGCAUAGCCACCCGCAGGUUUCGCCUGUGCAUCUGCUCGCUGCGUUUACUCCUGACGAACAAGACGGAUCCCCAAGCUAUCUCAAAACCGUUGCUGAGAAGGCCCGCUACGAGUACCCCGUGCUCCAGCGUGCAAUUAACCAGGCGCUGGUCCGCCUCCCCUCGCAGAGCCCUGCUGCGGAUCCCCAAAUCUCGGGGCCCUUCCAGCAGGUGCUCAGCGCAGCCCAGAAAAUCCAGAAACAGCAAAAGGAUGCCUACCUCGGUCAGGACCACUUGCUGCUGGCUCUUCUGGACGAUUCCUCAACCAUUGCUCCUAUCCUCAAAACUGCUAAUAUGGACAAGGAAGCUCUUAAGAACGCCGUUGUCUCAAUCCGUGGCUCCCGCCGCAUCGAUAGCCGAACCGCAGACUCUUCGCAGCAGUUUGAGUUUUUGUCAAAGUAUGCAAUUGACUUGACCCAAAAGGCUCGCGAUGGUAAAGUGGACCCGGUUAUUGGUCGUGAAGAGGAAAUCCGCCGUUGUAUCCGCGUGCUCGCCCGUCGUACAAAGUCUAAUCCUUGUCUCAUCGGUGAUCCUGGUGUAGGCAAGACCUCAAUUGUCGAGGGCGUUGCUCAGCGUAUCGUUGAUGGUGAUAUCCCUAGUGUUCUUGCCAACUGUCGCUUGUUUGCUCUCGAUUUGGGUGCUCUCAAAGCCGGUGCAAAGUACCAGGGUGAAUUCGAGGAGCGCAUCAAGGGUGUGCUCAACGAUAUUGAGGAGUCCAACGACAUGAUCAUUCUUUUUAUUGAUGAGAUCCACAUGCUCAUGGGUGAUGGCAAGUCCGAUGCCGCUAAUUUGUUGAAGCCCAUGUUGGCCCGUGGUGAAUUGCACUGCAUUGGUGCCACCACUGUCGAUGAGUACCGCAAGUUUGUUGAAAAGGACGGUGCUUUCGAGCGUCGUUUCCAGAAGAUCGACGUCCCCGAGCCUACUGUCCCUCAAACUGUGGCUAUUCUUCGUGGUCUGUCUAGCAAGUACGAGUUACACCAUGGUGUACGAAUUCUUGAUUCCGCUCUGGUCUCGGCUGCCACUUUGGCUUCUCGUUACCUAACCUAUCGCAAACUUCCCGAUAGUGCCGUUGACUUGAUCGACGAGGCUGCCGCCAGCGUUGCGGUCGCUCGUGACUCUCGCCCCGAGGAGCUGGACUCCCUGGAGCGUGAAUUGCAGCUUGUUGAGGUCGAAAUCAAUGCUCUCGAGCGUGAUAAAAAGGCCGAUUCAGCUGCUAAGGAGCGUCUCCAAGGCGCCCGUAAGAGAAAGGCCGACAUCCAGGAGCAGCUCGAGCCUCUACGUGCCAGAUACGCUCAGGAGCGUGCUGGUCUUGACGAGCUGAACGAAACCAAGAAGAAACUCGAGGAGCUUGAAAUCAAGGCUCUCGAUGCUGAACGUCGUCACGAUCUGGCGACAAGCGCCGAUCUCCGCUACUUUGCAAUUCCUGAUAUCCAAAAGAAGUUGGAAGAGAUGGAGAACGCAUACAAGAACCGUGAAGGCGCCAUGCUUGAAGAUGUCGUGGAUAGUGAAAAGGUUGCUGAAACUGCCGCCCGCCUCACUGGCAUCCCUGUUUCCAAGCUUAGCGAGGCCGAAAACCAAAAGCUUGUGUCAAUGGAGCGCACUCUGAAUCGCGACGUUGUUGGACAACCCGAGGCGGUCAAGGCUGUCUCGAAUGCGAUUCGGUUGACCCGCUCUGGUUUGGCAAACCCCAAUGCUCCCGCCAGUUUCCUGUUUUUGGGUCUGUCUGGUUCCGGUAAAACCGAGCUUGCUAAGAAGAUCGCUGGCUUCUUGUUCAAUGACGAGAAGGCCAUGAUCCGCAUUGACUGCUCAGAGUUGUCUGAGAAGCACUCUGGAUCCAAACUCAUUGGUGCUGCUCCUGGCUACGUUGGAUACGAGGAGGGCGGUAUCCUGACCACCCAGCUGGCUCGCCACCCUUACUCUGUUGUACUACUUGAUGAAGUCGAAAAGGCUGCUCCUGACGUGUUGACCAUUCUGUUGCAGGUUCUCGACGAUGGUGUUGUGCGGGCAUCAAACGGCAAAGUCGUUAAUGCCUCAAACGCCUUGUUCAUCAUGACCUCGAACCUUGGUGCCAGUGCCAUCCAAAAGAUGCCUGGCGACAAGAUCGACCCCAUGACCCAGGACCUUGUUAUGCAGGCUGUGCACGCACACUUCCGUCCCGAAUUCAUCAACCGUAUUUCAAGCAUCAUUGUUUUCAACCGGUUGUCUCAUCUGGCAAUUGGCAAGAUCGUGGACAUUCGUCUGAAGGAGAUCGAGCAGCGGUUCGCUCGGAACAACCGCAAGAUCAAACUCGAGCUCGCGAAGCCCGCCCGCGAGUGGCUUGCCGAAAACGGAUGGGACAAAGAUAUGGGUGCUCGUCCACUGAACCGCUUGAUCCAGAACGAGAUCCUGAACCCUCUGGCUAUCCUGUUGCUGCGUGGUGCGGUGCAAGACGGCGAGACCGUCAAAGUCGACGUUAGUCCCUCUACCAGCGGCCUAAUUGUGCACGGCAACCACGAGGUCGAAGGCCUCGACUACGAUACCGAUAUGGAUGAUAUCGAUGCCGACCUUGAUUAA